GUUCCCUGUUGUGCGCGACAAUCAUGCUACUAAAAACAAGACGGUCACGGUCAUCUUCACAGUAGGGUUGCCUGGGAUUAGGUGUGACAACACACGUGUGCCAUUAUCUUAUGUUCCGGCCAUUUCUGAUCCUUUUGAAACCGGGGUUUGAUCAUACCAAGAUCCGACCCAGGACGAGUUUCUCAUGAAAAGUAGCCAUGAAUAAUAUUCUUGUUCAUAUCUCACUCCACCGCCUUAAUCCAACAUUUUUUUCCACACCUUCCCAUUUACUCCUCUUCUCGAUCGUGUCAUGACGGAAAAAGAAUGCACACCAAAGCGUCCCCCGGCAGCCCUCGAGGAGAAAGUCGGGAAUCCCUUCCCAAGCGCUGAAUCCCAAUACUCCCAUACAAUUGCUCUACACCUCGCACAUACCUACCUACCUUCCAUAACUCAUCUUCAGCUUCCUGGUUAUACUACUCGCUCCAAGCGUUUCAUCCAAUUUGCUAGGUCGAAAUCACGAAACAAAGAGUAUCUAAAUGCUCUGAAGACGGUUGAAAACCUUCUAUCACGAACAGCAGUCGCCCUUCGUAACUUUGACAAAUCCUUGAACGGUGAAGAUUCGGACACAAACUACUCGCCUUCUUCACCCUCUACGAACCCUACAGUACCGCACAGCGACUGGGGUGAUGACGUAUGGGUGGGGAACGGAACAUCCAGCUCCGCAUCCUCCGAUUCGCUACAAACAUCACUCAACCCAGCGUACUCCGACGCGUCGACGUAUUCAGAUUCGGAGCUCUCCACGCAUGAAGACCCGGGCUCUGGAGACUGGACGUGGAUCGCAAACCUCAUCAUCCAUUUUUGGGAGACGGUUCGAAACGAGAAAUGUGAUCUCAUCACGAACCCACAACGGAAUUUUUGGUCGCGAUUCAUGGAGGCGCGUUAUCGCGAUUGGCUUGCCGGAGAUGUUGCUUCGCUGGCGCUCGACUAUCGUGACAGCGUUGACAAGGAACUCCGGUAUUCAAGCUUUGACUUUGCUGAAUACGUAGAAGAGAUUUUGACGCCAGGAAGACGAUAUGGAUUACUCUUAGAUGCUCUCUCAGAACGGCAGUCGCUUGGUACACCUUCAGAGGUGGACGCUGAUGGAACCGUGGUAGGAUAUGGCACCCACUACCCAGUCUUGACUCGACAUGGUCCGUACUCGUAACAUUCUAGAUAACCGAUAACACGGACCUCGACAUAGAUGGGCAUAGAUAAGAACUCUCGAAUGAUAACAAGAUA